AUGAGAAAGAAACAUGAGUGAAGUUCUCUCUCUAUCAUGACCAUUUAAUAAAUGGAAAAGAGUGUGUUGUGUCUUUGACUUGGACUGACACCUUCAUCCUCUACACCCUUUCAUUUCAUUCAAUAAUAGAAUUCCCCUACCCAGCCUUAAACAACCCAUAGCCAUUCUCUUCAAUUCUUCUUCUUCUUCUUUCUCUCUUUAAUUGCGCAUUUAUUAGCUAAUACACACACAUAAACACUAUAUACCUUCCCCGCAACUCCAUUUCGGCGUGCGAUGGGCGGCGUAUUUCACAAUAAUUUCCAACACAACUUCUGCUUCUCUUUUGCCAAAAUAGCCACUUUAACUUUUCUUUUACUUACUCCACUUGUUACUGCUUUUCGUCUAAAUCCUACUCGAACGCUCAGUGGGAGUGAGAGAGAGGUAAUUGAGCGAGUUGAGAGAAGACUGAGUGGACCGGGUUCAUCACCACCCACCUGCAGAUCCAAGUGUGGAAGGUGUUCGCCGUGUAAACCGGCUCGGGUCUCAAUUCAACCCGGAUUUAGUUUCACUUUAGAGUACUACCCUGAAGCGUGGAGGUGCAAGUGUGGAAAUAAUCUCUUCAUGCCUUGAUUAAAAAGGAAAAAACACUUAAUAGUAGUACAUUACUCUUUUUUUUUUUUUUAGUUUUGUAUUUAAUUGUUUUUUCACUAUGUACUAGUUGAUCAAUUAUUCUAUAAUAUCUGAAUUAGAGUUUUUUUUAGUUGUAAUCUGUAAGUUAAUCUUUGCUCUGGUUAUUUAACGGAAAGAUUCUCGAAAGAU